AGAUAACUUUCCAAUAAUUUGUCAGACUAGUUAGAUCUGUUUGCUUAGGCGUGAGAAUGGAGGAAAAUAACGUACCACUUCUUACUUCAACUAAAUGGCCUGAAAUUACAACUUCAAAGGUUUCUUUUGAUGCCGAUGAAGAUGAUUUGGAUGCAAUUAAUGGAGUGAAAAACUUGAUAAAGGAAUUUCAUUACGAAUCGAAAAAGCUAUGGUACUUAGCCGGACCUGCCAUUUUUACUUCCCUUUGCCAAUACUCAUUAGGUGCUGUUACUCAAAUCUUUGCUGGACAUGUUGGGACCAUUCAACUUGCUGCUGUUUCUAUCCAAAUCUCUGUUAUUGCUGGAUUUUCAGAGGGAAUACUGUUGGGAAUGGGAAGCGCAUUAGAGACGCUGUGCGGGCAAGCAUAUGGAGCUAAACAAAUAGAUAUGCUUGGUAUUUACAUGCAGAGAUCAUGGAUAAUAUUGAAUGCAACUGCACUAGUUUUGAUGUUUUUGAACAUAUUUGCCACCCAAAUUCUAAGGUUAAUCGGACAACAGGAGAAAAUAGCGGAAUGGGCAGGGCAAUUUUCGUUAUGGAUGAUACCAAUGGUUUUCGCUUAUGCAUUUGAGUUUCCUAUCAUGAAAUUUCUCCAAGCUCAAAGCAAGAUCAUUACUAUGGCCGUCAUAGCUGGGAUUUCAUUUGCUAUGCACACUUUGUUAACUUGGUUGUUUAUGUUGAAAUUGGGGUGGAGUUUGGCCGCUGGAGCAGUGGUUCUAAAUUUUUCAUGGUGGUUCAUGGUGGCUGCAAAAAUGAUGUAUAUAUUUUGGGGGAAUUGUGGUGAAGCUUGGUCUGGAUUUUCAUGGGAGGCCUUCAAAAAUCUUUGGGAAUUUGUUAGGUUAUCUCUUGCAUCUGGGGUCAUGAUAUGCUUAGAACUUUGGUAUUUCAUGUCGUUGAUUCUGGCCGCGGGAUAUGUUAAGGAUGCAGAAAUCGCAGUCGAUGCUACUUCCAUAUGUGCAAACAUAAUAGGAUGGACGUUCACGUUGUGUAUUGGAUUCAAUGCCGCAAUAAGUGUAAGAGUAUCAAAUGAACUAGGAGCAAGUCAUCCAAGAAGAGCAAAGUUCUCAGUGUUGGUUGUGUCAAUCACUUCACUUGUAAUUGGAGUAGCAAUUGGAGCAGGGUGGCAAGAACAUGUGGCUUAUGUGAACAUAAUAUGCUAUUUUGUCAUUGGAAUUCCUUUGGGUCUCUUUCUUACCUUUUUCAUCAAUUGGGGAAUGCCGGGUAUGUGGUAUGGGAUGUUAGUAGGAACUACAUCUCAGACAGCUGUUCUUAUUUGGAUAACUGCAAAAACUGAUUGGGACAAGGAGGCUUCUGUUGCUGGAGAGAGAAUAAGGCAAUUAGGAGGAAACAAAAGUGUGAAUGUGAUUGAUUAGAGCUGGGCAUAAAUACUGAAAAAUUGAAAUAUUAGACCAAAUUGAACUUUUUCAGUUUUUCGAUUUUGAUAUUUCGAUUCAUAUUAUUUGUAACUUCGAUUUUUCGAUUCGAUAUUCAGUAACACAAUUUUUAUAUUUCGAUUAACCGGAAUUUACGCACUACUAUAUAUUGUAUAAUUUACAUACUA